GGGAAAUCAUAUAUAAAGCGCGCGGCUGCAACGAGUAAACAAUCACUAGUCUAACGGACUUCAGUAGAACAACGAAUCUAAUCCGAGCUUAUUAAAAAUGAAACUUUUCGCCGCCGUUGCUCUCACCGCCACUUUGGCUUUUGUCUCCGCUGAUGUCUCCCACCUGGGUUAUGGUUACGAUCAACCCGCUGCUAGCGCACCAUCAAACCAAUACAUCCCACCUGCAGCUAAUGCACCCGAACCAGCUUACGCCCCAGCUCCAGUUUACCAACCUGCGCCAUCAGCUCCAGUCUCAUCCUACAUUCCACCCGCAGCCAACGCACCUGAACCAGCCUAUGCUCCAGCCCCCGCUCCAGUUUACCAACCUGCACCAUCAGCUCCAGUCUCAUCCUACAUUCCACCCGCGGCUAACGCUCCUGAACCAGCUUACGCUCCAGCUCCUGCUCCCGCCUAUGCACCACAACCAGCUGCCUCUGAGGUCUAUGAGCAACCCGCUCAAGAUGGCUACAGAUACCGCACCGUGCGUCGUCGUGUCUACAAACAACGUCGUUUCUAAGCUCGUGACUGAUUUUUGUUGAAUAUUUAAUUGAUUCUCUUAGUGAUUAUGUUGAAAUAAAUUAAUUUUUACUGCGUAAAAAGUUA